GUGAUCGCUCAAACCGGACGAGAGUGUUAUUAGAAUUCAAGAAUUUUACAUUGCAAAGUUUUCGUUAUAACAAUAAUAUUAUUUCUCAAAAUCGGCCAAGAAUUGUUUGAGUGAAGGUUGAAUCAUUUACCACUCACAAGCUGAGGUUUGGUGUCUCUGAUCUCGAUAUUAGGUCGAAAUUGCUGAUGGUGACCUACCUGUAGGGGCUCCAAGUUUGAUGCAGCAGCCAACAGGUCAAGGUCAUUGAUAGAAGGUCAAGGUCACUUUCAUAGUGUGACCAGCUAUGAUAAAAAGUGUAAAUGGUGCUAGAUGUGAAUACAAUGCAAUAAACAGUGGAAUCUCUCAAUCUACGGGUAGAAAUCACCAAACAAGGAGAUACAAAAACUCAGCCAACAAAAUGGCUCAACAGUUUGGAUUAUUUGUCGCUGUGUUUAUGACAUGUUUAUUACGGACUGCAUAUUGCAAUGUAGAUAGCAAUGAUAUACAGAAUUACCUGAACACUGUGGAAGAAACACCAAGUUUGGAUGUUGUGAAAGAACCAGUUUCUGUGAUGUGGGGUCUCGCAGAUGCGACAGCAGCUCUAGGAAAAUUAUUCUCAUACCAAAUUCCUUCCAAUGCUUUCAAGGGAGAUGUCACUUCAUACAAGGUGGUUGAAGCUGGAACUGAUAGUCUGCCAUCUUGGCUACAUUAUGACAGCACAAGUCAAACAAUAGAGGGCGUCCCAACACCCGGCAAUCUAGGACAGCAUUAUAUAGAGGUCACUGCAAACAGUAAGGACCAGUCUUCUCAGGACAAGGAUGUCUUCUCUAUCAAUGUCAUGGAAGAUGCGUCCCAUACAUCUGCCAUGCGCCUGAAAGUGUCAAAGGAGGGGUUUAAACCAAUCAAAUGUCAGACAGGGUCUCCAAUUACCAUGGUAACUGUUGCCAUAGAUACUAACUUUGAUGGAAUGGUUGCUAAGGAGAAAACAGAUUUAUUGAAAAGCAUGGUGUCUCAUUUGAAACUGUCUAAUGAGUUAUUGAAGAUUAUCCCUAUGGGAAACCGACCUCUAUUUGACUCUGAUGCUCUUGUCGCUGGUCCUGGUGAUGCUAAAGACCAAAAACAGGCUGGUGCAUUUAUGACAUGGGAAGUUGGUUGCGGUAAUGUUGAACCUAAACAUAUGGAGGUGCUACAGCAUGUCGAGUCCAGUGCUCAGGAUGGUUCUAUGAGAGAAGCCAUUAAAUAUCCCAUCAUUGGUUGGCAUGUCACCAAUAAAUCACCCCCAACUCAUCGUAGACUGAAGCGCCAAGCUGCCCAGUAUGUUACAGCUACCCCUGUACAACCAAGUAUGGCUCCCACUAAGACUCCCAUUGAAACAGUUGUUGUUGAAGAGCCUAAAGAUACCGAAACAAAAACUGAUGAACCUACAAGGGUUAUCCCCACAAUGGAGUCCCCUACAUUUGUAACUGGAAUACACCCUACUAAAUCUCGCCACCAUAGAACAAAAACUGCAGGGCGUCAUAAGGGUCGUAAAUCUAAACACCACCAACCUAAGCAAUCACCUCGCUCUAAACAUCACCAUAAGUCCAAACACCCUAAACUGCCAAUCGUGACCCCAACCCAGGAGCCCAUAGCCCCUACAAAGAUCGUUGACUUCACAGAUAUGGAAUCCAGCAGUGUGUACACUGCACCAAUUGAUGAUGUUCACAUGUCCCGCACAGAUAUUAUUGAACCAUCUGUGACAUUAUCUUCAACCAAGACUAAGCCCACAAAAACAGAAGCUCUACCCCCCAGCCGUACCUUCACUCAGGACCCCAGCCCAACAAGCUCUGAGGUUGUACCCACCAAGACAGAACAAGUCACAGUAGCACCAUCCGAAGAAUACAACUUCGAGCCAAUUAGCAAGAACAAUAUUGAUGUUCUAUACGCAAAGGUGGGUGAAGUAUUCAAGUUCCACGUACCUAUGGAUACAUUCUAUGAUGUGGAAGAUGGGACCACUGAGAAUUUGAAGCUGGUAUUCUUAACUGCACAAGGCUUUACACUACCUGCUUCCUCAUGGGUGAAGUUCGAUCAGGAAAAACAAAACUUAUAUGGACUGGCUUGGGAGAAAGAUGUUGGUGUGAGUGAGUAUAUCUUGGCUGCCAUUGACAGUCAAGGAAAAAUGGCAAGACAAUCACUGGAAAUUGUCAUCCAAGAUAGACAGGACACAAAACCUCCUACUCAUGAAAUGGCAUUUACAUUAGAUCUCGAUUAUGAUAAAUUCAUAAACGAUGUAGACAUGCAAAUCCUAGUGGCCAAUAAAAUUUCUGCAAUGUUUGGGGAUUCUGAUUCAUCUAAAUUAACUGUCACAAAGAUAGCCAAAGGAUCAGUCAUCUACCAGUUUACCAAUAACAGCAUGCCUGAUGGGGAUGGAUGCCCCGCUGAUGAGAUCAACAGACUCGUUGAUUUACUCCUGGAUGAAGAUGGAAAACUCAAACCUGAAAUUGUUGAGAAACUGAAACCUAUUGAGAUCAAGAACUUCACUCUUCAGAGAGCUGGGCCUUGUAAGGAUGAUGACAGAAUUAAACCAGUAGUAGCCAAGCCACCAGGCUUUAACUUCACACCAUAUCAGAGCAACCCCAUUGACAAAUUAACUGCUCGAGCUGGACGAUUCUUCCGUUAUCGAAUUCCGAAGAACACAUUCACCGAUCCUGAAGAUGGAAAUACCCGCAAAUUGAAACUCCUGUUCCUUACCGUUGGGGGCUAUGAUAUUCCUCCUAAUUCCUGGAUUAAACUUGAUGAGCAGAAACAAACUCUAUAUGGAUUACCGUUAAAGGAAGAUGUCGGCCGUGAUGAGUUCAUACUUGCUGGUAUUGAUCGAGGAGAAAAGAUUGUUCGCGAUGCAUUUGAGAUUUUCGUUGAGGACUAUCCCGAGAAAGACUUAACGCACACAUUCUCAUUGACAUUAGACAAAGACUAUGAUAAAUUUAGUAAAAAUGUCGAUGACCAAAUCAAUGUUGGAGAUAAGAUUGCUGCCAUAUAUGGUGAUAGUAAUGAACGAUUUAUAACAGUGGAGAGCAUCAAACCUGGCUCAACAAUUUUCACAUGGUAUAAUAAUAGCUACAUGGGCCACCCCUGUCCUACAGCACAAGUAGCAGCCCUUUUGGAGAAACUCUCUGACAAUACUAACAGCCUAUUGCCAGAGGUUAGGGAACUAUUCAGUGAUAUACCUAUAAAAGAGUUUAAACUUACACCUCUUGGUGCUUGCGAAAAGGACAAGAACUUUACCAAUGUUAUUAUCACAGAUAUUCCAGUUGGACCGAGAGAUGUUGAGACUCGUGGAGCAAGUAAUGAUGAAGUUUGGAUUACAACUGUUGUACCUGCCGUUGUCAUAGCAGCCAUGUUGCUACUCGCUGGAAUAAUAGCCUGUAUUUUAUAUCGUAAAAAGCGAAAAGGUAAACUCUCUGAUGAAGACCAAAAUACAUUUGUGAACAAAGGUAUACCUAUUAUAUUUGCUGAUGAGCUUGAAGAAAAACCGGAGACACCAACAAAGCCUCUGAUUUUGGAGGACGAGAAGCCACCUUUACCUCCUCCUGAAUAUCGGAGGUCGUCAUGUGGCAGUGGCGCUCCCUCAACACCAUUAUCUGAUCAUAAGGAACCAAUAGGAACCACAGAUGAUGAAGACAAUGAGAGAGAUGAAUAUGAACAAUUAUUGUAUCAACCCCCUCCCCCUUUCCCAUCUAAUGGAAACAAUAGAAAUGCCAGACCAAAUCGCCAACAACAGCAAUAUAAAAGUCCACCACCUUAUGUACCUCCAUAA